AGUGACAGCAGUUUUGUCACUGUAACUGUACACAAUGGAUCUAUUGUUUUGGAUUUAAAUUUAAAUUUUAAAGAAUAAACACACAAUAUAAACAUACAUAAAACUUGAAAUUUGAAUUAAACCAAGUCUUCUAAUACAAAACUUCAAUGAAUAUAAAAGAGGUUACAUACAAUAUAUAGUCAGAAUGGUCGGCAAAACAGUAGUGUCUCCAAAACAGAUGGAGAUUCUGGUAUCGUUUAUGGAGGAGAACAAGGACUUUGGAAGAGGGCACGUCUUCGGCAAAGGUCCACUCGCCAAGCAGAUGAUGGCGGCAAAGUGGGCCAAGCUGGCCACAAGGCUCAACAGUGUUACUGGGGCCAACAAAUCAGCGAGAAAGUGGAGAGAGUAUUGGAAUGACAAAAAGUACUCAGUGAGAAAAAAAUCACUGUCAAUAUCAGGUGGAGGCUCCAGCAAGAAGUCACUGGAUGAGAUGGACAUCAGGAUACUGAAUGUGGUUGGCAAGGUGGCUGUAUACUCAGAGGAGUCUGUCCGGAUACCCAAUCCCUUUGAUGAUGAGACUGCAGUGGAAGACGAACUCCCUGCAGAGGCAGGCUUCAAUGGAGUCCACUCGGAAGGGACCAGUAACUCAGCCUCUACUGCUCCAUUGAAGCGACGUCGUUAUAUACGAACUCGCAGAAGUUUAGUAGCACCUGAUUGGGCAGUGCAGAUUGAGGCACGGAGAGCUCGGGCCGAGGAGCGCUCUGCAGCCGCCUUCGAAGCCCUAGCCUCCUCCGCCUCGGGCCUCAGUGAGAGCCUCGCUGGCAUACGACUUGAGCUCGCACAAAUACGAACACUACUUGAAACUCGGCAGAACAAUAACUAUUGAGUGACAGUAAAUCAGUGAUAACUUCUGCAAACAAUAACUAUUGAGUGACAGUGAAUAAUGAUCAGUGAUAUCUUCUGCAAAUAAUAACUAUUGAGUGACAGUGAAUCAGUGAUAACUUCUGCAAACAAUAACUAUUGAGUGACAGUGAAUAAUGAUCAGUGAUAUCUUCUGCAAAUAAUAACUAUUGAGUGACAGUAAAUCAGUGAUAACUUCUGCAAACAAUAACUAUUGAGUGACAGUGAAUCAGUGAUAACUUCUGCAAACAAUAACUAUUGAGUGACAGUGAAUAAUUAUCAGUGAUAUCUUCUGCAAACAAUAACUAUUGAGUGACAGUGAAUCAGUGAUAACUUUUGCAAACAAUAACUAUUGAGUGACCGUGAACAAUGAAUAGAUCAGUAAUAUGUACUCAUCAUCAUUAUUCCUUUACAACCCAUGGCCUUAGUCCACCAUGCUGGCCCAAUGCGGAUUGGCAGACUUCACACAUAGAGAAUUGAGAAAAUUCUCAGGUUUCCUCGCGAUGUUUUCCUUCACAGUUUAAGACAUGGGAUAUUUAUUUUCUUAAAAUGCACACAACUGAAAAGUUAGAGGUGCAUGCCCCGGACCGGAUUCAAACCUACAACCUCCGAAUCGAAGGGAGCAAGAAAUUGAGUCACCUUCUUUUAAUACUAUCACUAGAGAGCCGGCGCUUCUGCCUUCGAUUCCGAGGGCGGAAGUUCGAAUCCGGUCCGCUAAAUAAUUUAACAUUUUGUUUCUGAUGUGCUGAAAUUCCUUUAGUUUGUGACACCUUGACUUUAUAUAUAUAGUAUAGCUUGGCAAGUUCUUUGAUGAUACUCCCAUGAUAUGCGGGCGACGGGGGCAAAGACUGCGCGGGUGUGAAAUCGUGCAUGCGGGGAAGUGAGGUGCAUCAGUCGUGGGUUUUUUUGUUCAUAUAUACAUGCAAAGCAAAACUGUCUUCCCAUAACAGAAUAAACGUCCUGUUAAGCAGUUAGAAGCAGAUAUAUCUGUGAAGAUUAAAGACACUUAUCUCAAAGUUGCUCAAAUAGCUCAAAAAUAAUCAUGAGGUCGGUUGAAGUUGAUAUCAAAAGGUCAAGGGUUUUCAAUAAAAAGACUUAUUGUAAAUAGAUAGACUUUAGAUAGAAAUAAUAAUAUUGUACAGAUAAUUUAUUUUAACCAUUAAAAGAAAGAAAAAAUAAAACAAUUUUUUUUAAAUAAAA